CCCAAGCCAUUAUAUAAAUAAAAAAAUGGUGUUUGUCAACAUAUUAUCGAUUAAAGAAAAUUAUGAUUUAUGUUCACUUAGCAUUGAUUUUGCUGAAAUUACUAUUAAUUAAUAUUAAAAAGGAGGUUUAUAAAUAGAUAAUUUAACUCAUAAGCGCCUAUAGAAUUUCAAACCAUCUAUAUUCUUUCAUUAAAUUUGCAAAUUCCGUGCAGUUAUGUGAGAAACAUGUUUUUAAUGCAGUGCUAAUAAACCACAAAUGUGUUAGAAUGCCCGAAUUACAAUAAUUAAAUAUAUCACAUUACUUUUUUAAUCAGCCAGCGAUCUAGUGUAUAUUUUAAAAUAGUUACUUUCACAGUUGCAGUUUAAAUGAAAAUCAAUAAUGCAGUGAAUUGACCUAGCCGCAUUACAGUGCUAGUUUCGGUUGUUUAUGUCGUAAGUGAAAUAUAAAUUCACAAUGUGACUUGAUUCAUGUUAGACGCAAAUAAUACGGUAAAAUGGAGGAUGUUCUCGCUCAGAGAGUAACACCAAUAUUGAAAUGUAUGGUCUUAUUUCUUUUUAUAUUUACUGCUAAGGUCUUUACGUCGCGACCCCAGGAUUCAGAUUAUAAGAACAGUAUACAUCAGCACAAACCUUCGUAUUAUGUGAGGACUUUCACUAAGUAUCAUCACAGAAGAACUAUACAGUGGAAUAGUAUUCAUGAUUCAGGUUACUGGCCAGAACAUCCUACAGUCAAAAGAAGUGUUAAUUAUGAGAGAAUCAAGAGAUCAAAUCUUAUUGGGACUGCUAAUAAUAUAUAUCAGUUGCAUUCAGAUUCUGUAAAACUUAAUACUAUUGAUGGUUCAACUUCAAAAGAAGGAGCAGAUGUAGUUAAGGAAGUUGAACCGAAGUCAUCUUCAACGACAAGUCUGCCAAUAAAACAAAAUAAAACAUGCCUCUACAAAAUACAUAGUGUUACCAUGAGUGUUACACCAGAUUAUGCAGAUGAUAAAAAAGCUGAUAUGGUAGUUGAAAAUGAAAUAUUUGGCAGGGGAACAUUGUCCGAGACAACUUUAGCAGAUGGGGAAGUGGUACAAGUUGAACAAUGUACGGAUCCACAAGCUUCUUGUUACACACUUUUUCAACAGGGCAGCGAUGCCAAUGUUACAGUUCUUGGCCAGGGCUGCUGGAGGUUUCCUCAUAGCGAUGCUCGUAACGACUGCGAUAAAUGUACCAGAGUAACAGCUAGACUCCCGGGCACCAAGUUUUGCUGUUGCACCAAGAGUUUCUGCAAUGCCGACUUUACAUCACUGAGAGAAGAAACAGUUACAAUAAAGGCUGAGUCUACGAUGGAAAGCGCGUCGACGGAACCGAACUACUCCAGCGUAGCUGCGGCGGCCAUUUUGGCGUUAGUCGCCAUUUUGUUGAUGGCGAUCGUGUUCAGAAAAGUGUAUUGUACGAGAGCUUUGUAUAAGGAUGAGGUUAGCGACGGCGUGGAUUUAGAGAAAGGCGAUAUAAUGGGGAGCGGCCCGGAUGCAUUGGCCACUGGUUUGCUUUGUGUCGAUAAUCUGACGCUAAUUGAACAUAUAGGUCAAGGUAAAUUUGGGUCAGUGUGGCGUGGAAGCCUUGGUUCGACCCCGGUGGCGGUCAAACUUUACAACAAUCCGAACGCCUGGCAAAAAGAGGUCUCAAUAUACGGGAUUCCACAUUUGUCACAUCCGAAUAUAUUGCGAUAUUAUGGUAGCGACACGAGACCAUCGCUGAUUGAAGACGGUCGUUCCCACCUUCUAGUAGUAGAGCUGUGCCCGACCACGCUUAGGUCGCGACUGCAACGCGCGCCAGUUACAUGGCUCGAGUUCGCGACCAUCGCGCACGGCCUUGCGUCUGCAAUCGCACAUCUGCACACGCCCUCGGGCAACAAGCCGUGUAUAGUUCACCGGGACGUCAAUAGCGGCAAUGUUUUGGUGGCGGGAGAUGGCACGGCGCGUCUGGCUGAUCUGGGUUUGGCCCAGCCGCUGUCCAAGGCGCAUUUGGCCGGGCCCAGUCGCAUAACUGAGGCGGGGACUUUACGCUACCUAUCACCAGAGGCCCUCGAAGGAGCGUUGGACCUAAGCGGCGCACGCGCUGCAUUAUGCGCCGUAGACGUGUACGCGCUCGGGCUGGUGCUGUGGGAGACGCUGUGGCGCUGUAGCGGCGCGCACCGGCGGACUCCGGAGUACGAGCAGCCCUACCACGAGCACUCGCCCACACUCACCAACAUGCAGGCGCUGGUAUGCCGUAGUAAAAUGCGACCCCCGCUACCGAAGGGUCCGGUGCCCGAAGCCCGCGCGCUCAAGAUAGCCACCGACACCUGCGAGGAAUGUUGGGACCACGAUGCGGAAGCCAGACUGACUGCGGUGUGCGUGGAGGAGAGAAUGGCUGAGCUGAAAUUGAUGCUGCUCGUGCAGGGUCCAGUGAUACACGACAACAAUCUGCACCCGAAUCAGCCAGAUACAAACACCACUCAUGAUAUAGACAAAAACUCGAACUGUCUCGCACAGAACGGUGACGUCACAGCACCGCUUCUGUAUACACACCCACACAUGGGCAGAAACGCCUGCAUUGAACGCAAUACGAACACGCACACACAUACAGUGGAACUAAUACACAAGAGUCUCAAAGAUAUCGCCGUUGUACCUGAACCAAAACCUCAAUUGGAAUGCCUAUCCGUCGCUAGGGUGACAAGCCAUCGCUUCCAAAACCAAGAAAAUUCGGACAGAAUGAACGAAAUACGAUCGUAUCAACGUCCUCUGGAUUACGUCCAGAACGACGUAAGCGAUUGCGAAAGGGCCCCAAAACAAACCAACUUGAAUCAUGAGCAAAAAGAUAAAUGGGGACUACGGAAGUUUCUGGAAAGAAGGCUUAACAGGACGAAAGAGACUGAAGUUAAAUUGGUCAAUGAUGUGACAAACAAUGGCAGAAUUAGAACAUCGGUCAUCGAGAAGGCAGUGUCUUUCGAUAGGCCUUCCAAUUUGAAUAUACAAGAACGACCAUAUUACGAAACGACUAGUACAAUGUCGCCUCCGAACAGAACGCUAUCGCCCAACAUGCUUAUAGAAUCAGAAAUGAAUACCGCAUUUAGAGAAUUACCCUCAGAUGAAAGGAAUCAGGUUUUCGCCGUCAUCGUUCCGAAAGUCAUCGACUUGAAUCAAAAUAAAACGAAUAGCUCCGAUAGUUUAAACAAGAAAUCCAUCCGUACUUCAUUGUCGUCGCAAAGUAUUAAAGCUGGCCAAUCAGAGUCUGAAGACUCAACGCUUAAAAAGCGUUUGAGCUGCGACAACAGAAUUUUAACCAAUAGCGCUGGUUCAUCCCGAGCUAGUAUCAACCUGGAACUGCAGUACCUGCCGAACCAAACCGUCAACUAUAACAUUGACAGCCCGUUCGACGUCAAUUCGGAUUGCUCUAGCAGUGAAGACGAACAUUUGAUGUUACUAUCUGAAAAUGGUGGCGCGAAAAUAACAAUGCAUACAAUAUCUAAAGAUGAGAAACAAAACGAGGUACUGAAAGAAUCUAGUCAAACAACGGAUCGGUUCAAUAGAUUCCAAAAUAAAUAUACCAACUUCGAUAAUGAGUUCUCCGAUCCGCACGAUAAAGAGAACUUAGUAAACGGCUAUAGCGGUGAUAAUCCAGUUUACAUUGCGACGAUUAAUGGCGAAAUAGAUUCGGCGGAGUUGAAAAUCGUAGCAAACGAAACCAACGAAAACGGCGAUAGUUCAAGAUCGCCGAAGCCACGCUUGAAGAAUUUGACGAUAAAACGGCAGCAUUCCUUGGAGCAAGUUAGUGAUAUAUUUUCGUCUUCGAGUGAUAUUAGUUUGCAGAAUCCGGCUGGAAGGGUCAAAACGCCGGGGGAUUUGCCCGUGGCUGUUCGCAGAGCAAGAAGGGAUAGGGCUUUGCAAAAAGGCAGAGCUAGCGAAUGUAAUAGAUUGAGUCUUUACGACGAUAGAAUGAUGUUUGGCAACAGUCUUUAAGGUAAGAAUCGAAGUAGAUUUAAAGAAAAAAGAUCUGAUAGUUCACAAAAAUUAAAUAUGACAACAAAAUUGAAAAAAUAACCUGAUAAGUCCAUUACUUCUGUUCUAAUAUGAAUGAUUUUAAAUGCUUGCUGAUAUCAAAUCAGAACUGAUUAAUAACAACACUUUAUUCUUUAAGCAAAAUAUUUUGUAAUGUUUGCUUCAGUAUUAAAUCAAAGACAGAUAUUUUUUUAGUCGUACCUACCUACCAACCCUCGCAUGAUUUUAAAAACACUUAUUUAAAGUUAACUUAUGUAUAAGUAUAAUUUAUUUUGUAUAAUAUCUUUUGCACCAUAUUUUUGGUAUUCUUGUAAAUUUCCGUUAAUUUUUAAGAAUGACAUACGUAAGAUCUAUGAAACGAUAAUUCCUAUAUUAUUUUAUGUUGUCUGAAUAUAUGAUGUGUUAUUGUUUUAAUUAUUUAUUGAUCAAAAAUAUCUGUGUAUUUUUUUUAAUGGCAACCACCUGAAUGAAUUCAGCCAUACAGCUGUUGUUGCUAAAGCGUUUCUUCGUCUAUGUUAUGUAUAUUUUCGCGCGUUAGUUUUAAGUCGCAUUAGAUAUUAGUGUGAUUACUUUGCAUUUAGAGUUUGUAGUUAACAGCUAAAACACGAAUAGAUAGAUAGAUAUAUUUAAUAAUCAGGUGUGUAAGGUUUUUUAAUUUGUGAAUAGAUUACUGUUUUAAUUUAGCUACAUUUAUAGGCGAUAGUACAAAAAAAACAUAUUCAUUUUGUCUAGAGACUUGCAUCCAUUAAAUAAAUUAAAUAAAUUAAAAAAAAAUGGCUGAUAGGUAAAAAUAAAUAGAUUUCCAAGUUAAAUAUAUAAUAUGUUAAAAAGGAGGUCUAGCCUAAAUGAAUUUUUUCCCUUAAACCUAACGGGGGGUUUUCUCGUAAUCGAGAAUAUUGAAAAAUGUUUUAAAUAAUCUUCUUUCAUUGUAUUUUGGUUUGAGCUGAUGGUCUUGUUACCAAUGCUCUAAAUAAACAAAACAAACCAAGUUAUAUAUUUUUCACAGUAUUAAACCAUCAGUAUGAUUCGAAAUAUAUGUAAGUGUUCAAAGUUAUUGAUGUAAUAUUCAAAUACUUUGUAAAAGUAAAUCGCCUAUAUUUGUAGCUAAAGGCAUUUGUCAUAACGCCGGCGAGUAUACAAGCAUCAUUUUCUCGUUCAAGAAACGUACAACAGACAUAGUGUGAAUAAAAGAGACAAUUAAUAUUAAUAAUUGACAGUUUAAUCAUUCUCAGACUUCUAUGGAUUACGCGCGAGUUGAAUGCAGACUGUAAGAAUGCGUUAGUGCUGUGACCAUAAUAAUGAGUGUGUCGAUAAAUUUAAACAAUGCUUUUCAAGUUAACCUAAUAAUUUUAUCUCAAAUGUUUGUUCUGCCUUUCUUCAAUAUACAUGUCUAAAACAUUUUCGCUAUUUCUCGUGCUAGUCGAUGAAUAAAAUCUCGUUUUUGGAACGGAACCUCAUGGUCCCGGAUCAGUCAUUAUUUAAAUCAAUCAAUACGGGAUCGCAACUUCAGUACUAACGAGAUAACUGCACUGCAUUGUAAUGGGCAGGGUGGAUCAAUAACCAUCAGCUGAACGUCCUGCUCGUCUCGUCCCUUAUUAUCAUAAAAAAAAAUAAAACGGUAAGGGUACGAUAAGUGUCAGCAACGGCACAUAACUACACCGCAAGCAGACGAGGUGAGGAAUGCGGACAGCGGGGAGAUGCUCCGCUAUUUACUUCAGGCCCCACCUGCAUUCAACUCGCGCUUAGGAAACACGCUAACUCGAUUCUCGUUUCUAGGCGGUAAGUCAAGUGCCAAACUAAACUCAUUUUCUAAAUAGCGGAAAUAUUUUUAUCUCUAGAUAUUAAAAAGUUGUAAGUUGAGUCGAAAUAGAAAUUGUUACCACAAUAGUAUGAGGUUAAGGAUGUUUAUUAGAUUUUAAAACUUGGAUUAAAGAUCGAAAUAGAAUAUCGUGAAGGCAUAGUCAAAAACGACCGCCAGAAAAAGUAUAUAAUAGAUGAUGUGCUCAUUUUCGCUCUACGAUAUAUAAACUGUUUAUCCUAGUUUGUUUUGCAAUCUGUGGUUGAAAAUUGUUGAUAAUAUUUGCGCUUUUUAUGGUGAGGAAAAUUUUGGAUAGCUUCGAAUGCUGCUUGGUAAAAGCAAUUUGAAAUUUUUAAGGUUCUGUUCUGAAUAAGAGACACAUUUCCUCUUCUAUAAUUUCGAAGAAGAAUAUUUCGGCAAUGAAGUAAGCUGUAUGAAAGCUUCAAGCGACACGUGGAUAUCUACUGAGCCAUGACGUCAUUCACUUUGAUUGGUGUUUCAGUUGACAUGGCUUGCCUUUUUAUCCUGACAUCUCAAUGAUAUGUCGUUAUAUGUGUAUAUAAUGACAUAUCAUUCGCAGUCUAAAAUCGGAAGCGCAAAGGUGUGCUUAAAGACAUUAAGCAGUUUUAUAUCAUAACUAGGUGAUGUUUUUUUAAUCAUUUUCUUUAAGCUAUUCCUUUUUUUUUUAAGUGAAAAUUUCUUUAGCGGCAUUGAGCACUUUUCUUCUUUGGGAUGGGUAUUAAUUAUUAAACUGGCGUCAGGUACGUGACCUGAUCGAUAAUUCGUAAGACAGUUGUUGAAAUUAUGGAUGAAAGUUGAUUUUUCUGAGAGAUAAACUUUUUAAUUUAAAAUAAUUCUGAAAGUUAGUUCUAAAAGGGUUAAUGUUUUUAUGGAAUUAAUAUAAAAUGUCAAUUUUGUGUACGAUAGCGCAAUAAAUGAAUAUUGUAUUUAACAACAUGAAUGAUAGUACUUUUAUACUAAUAAAUAAAGCAAUUCGUGCGAAAUUAUUCCCUAACCAUUCCAAAAUAUUCUAAAAUGCACAACGUUAAUGUUCAAGUUUUCAUUUCUGUCGGUAAUAAUGACAUUAUGCGUGGCCAGAAUGUCUCAAAGAAGGCGCCGCCUGUGUGAAGCAUGUUGGUUCUAUAUUUAUCAAAUGCUGGGCAUGGCAGAAGUAUGAAAGCAGAAUAAUUGUUUACCCGAAUCCCCCAGAUAAUAUAUAUUUUGACUUAGAUCGUUCGGGUUGAUCAGAAACCGAAUCAUUAAUGGCCUUUGCUUCAUCGAUAAGAUUUUUUUGAAAUUGCAUGAAAUAGGUAAACAAAAUUGGUACAGUUCAGUUAGUCAGAGUUCAGCAAGAUUUUUUUGUCCAUAAACGUAGAGUAUAUUGAAAAAUUAUUUAUUAACGUAUUUUGGUUUGAGCUGAUGGUCUUAUUACCAAUGCUCUAAAUUAAUAAAACUAAAAAACUAACAUACCGAUAUAACCUUUAGUUAUAGGUAACUUAAGUGAAAUCAUAUUAAAAAUACCGAAAGAUGAAGAGUCCAAUGUGAAACAUCUCAGUGAAAAUUUUAAUUAAACUUUUAACCCAAAACAUGGUUAUACGACGGUGAAUGCCAAUGUGCAACUGAAAUACCCGAUCGGAGUAAGUACGGCCUAACGGCCAUUCCCAAUACACUAUCUACAGAUAAGAAAUAAAUUACUACCUUCUACUGUCAGUAAUUAGCUGUCAAUAAUCUGAAGCUGUCCCAAUAUACCCGAUAAGUCAUUCUUAUCGCCUUAUAUUGGGACGCGUGAAUUGCAAUUUCCAUACAAACUUCUAUCGCUGGUAAGCUAUAUGUCGUUCCAUUGAUUGAGCGUCUACGGAUAAGGUGUGUUACCGUCGAUAAGUUUAUUGGGACAGAAAAGUCAAUGCUAGUUACGAUUUUUAUCUCAAGUAACAGAUAGACUGAAUAUUGGGAACGGCCGUUAGCCCAUUGAUUGCGUAAAUAUUAUUAAACUUUCGCUUCGUAUGUAAACAUUUAAAUUUAUAGUAUUUCGCGUUAUUGAAACAUUUAAAGUAUUUUCUCUCUACUUGACGUACCUUAUGAAUGUUUGUGUGUGUUGUACACAAUUUUGUCUACGGUGUUAAGUUACAAUGCAAAUUAGCUGUUGGAAUAUCUCAACAAAAUUAAUCAAAAUCUAUUUAGUAAAACAAAACCAGCGUUCCCGAUUUUACUUUUCUACGUUAAAAAGGUAUUUUUUAUUACUAUACAGCUUAUAAAAUAUUUACCUUAAAAUCUCUAUGUUAAAAAUUUAAGACUAACAGCGAUUUGCAUUGUAAUCUCAAACUGAAUUUUAUUCUCUAAUAAUUGUAUUAUGUAAGAAGUUUAUGAUGAAUAUUGUUUAUUUUUUAUGUUAAACAUGUUAUUGGUACGGGUAUUUUAGUUUAUUGGUUUUUCUAGCUUUUUAUGCUUGAUAACACAUUCCAUUCAACGUUUUCAAGAAAAAUGUAUAAUAAAUAAAACAGUUAUCAUAUCUAUCACUGCGUGACCUUUAAAAAAAAGUCUAGAUAAUGUUUAUAAUUAUUCCCGCCAUAAUGGUUUUAUCUGAGUUUGACAAAGUUGUCAGUUUUCAAUCAUUGGCAAGGGUCAAAGACCAUACAGCCAAUUUUUUUUCUAAAGGGAAUCUUAUUUUGACAUUAUUACUCAGUAAUAUUAUUUAUUGUGUAUAAUCUUUAACAACUUCAAAUGAGUAUUCGUACCUUUAACGAUUUAAAGUACAACGUUUUUAUGUAUUUUUAUUGUUUACGUUAUGGCAAUGUGAUUAAUUGAUUUUAUUUGUAAAUAAAUUUUGUACGGCCAUGUUAGAUUUUCGUUAAGUUUAUUUUGAAUUUUGUAACGUUUUUUUUUUAUUAGCUGUGGUUAAGCGGGCAUGUUUAUUCUAAUAAAGAAGAACAUCGA